GCCAUCUUGGAUCCUCCAUCCCGGAGCGGGCGGCGCUGAGCCGUGGAGUGGGGGCGGGGGCUGCAGGCUGCCGGAGCCGGCCCGCGGGGCUCCUGACACCCGGCUCGGAAGGCGCAGGGGAGCCCGGGCCCGCCGGGCGGCGGAGCGGGUGGGGAAGGCCCGGCAUGCGAGCGGAGGCCCGGUGAAGCGGGGCUGGGGGGAGAAGGGAGGGGGAAGCGCUUCGGAGCGGGCCUGCCUGGCUGCCAAGUGCUCGGAGCUGGCUGCGGAGCGGCGGCUUGUUUUCCUGGCCGGGCUCUGCAGCGCCCCGCUGCCUUCUCCGGGCCGCUCCCUCGCCCCCCUCAGCCCGCUGCGCUCUGCAAGGAUCCCCCCGCCCUCCCCCUCUCUGCGCGCUGGGCUCCUAAGCUGGCUGUAGGAUGAGCCCGGAGGACUCCCCGGGGGAGACGCUGCUCCAUCGCCAGGCUGGAAUAUAGCUCGGAAGUGGGGUGGCGGCGGUGGAAAUAAGCAGCCCCCCCACCCCUUCCCUUUGAUGGUGGCCCUUCGUAACCACUGUCUCGCAGCAGAGUGACAAGCGUUCUUGGGGGGGGGGGGGGUCGGCUUUUGUUGGGGGAGGGGGUGUUUUGUUUUGCUGUCGCAAGUAGCCAGUGGCUCCGGCACAAGCGAAUUAAAAUGUCCACUAGAACUCCCUUGCCUACGGUGAAUGAACGCGACACCGAGAAUGAUGUCGUCUCUUCACUGGGGGAAGGCUUUUGCGAAAAGCACACCUCUCAUGGAGAAGGACGUCAAGAAGUUUCCUCACGAACUGGGCGCUCUGGAGCUCGCUGUAGAAAUUCUAUAGCUUCCUGUGCAGAUGAGCAACCUCAUAUUGGAAAUUACAGACUUCUUAAAACGAUUGGAAAGGGGAAUUUUGCAAAAGUAAAGUUGGCUAGGCACAUCCUUACUGGCAGAGAGGUUGCAAUAAAAAUAAUUGACAAAACACAAUUGAACCCAACUAGUCUUCAAAAGCUUUUCAGAGAAGUAAGAAUAAUGAAGAUUUUAAAUCAUCCAAAUAUAGUGAAAUUAUUUGAAGUAAUUGAAACUGAAAAAACUCUCUACUUAAUCAUGGAGUAUGCAAGUGGGGGUGAAGUAUUUGACUAUCUGGUUGCACAUGGAAGAAUGAAGGAAAAGGAAGCAAGAGCUAAAUUUAGACAGAUAGUAUCUGCAGUGCAGUACUGCCAUCAAAAACAUAUUGUUCAUAGAGAUCUCAAGGCUGAAAAUCUAUUGCUAGAUGCAGAUAUGAACAUUAAAAUAGCAGACUUUGGUUUUAGCAAUGAGUUUACAGUUGGAAAUAAACUGGAUACAUUUUGUGGCAGCCCACCAUACGCUGCUCCAGAGCUCUUCCAAGGCAAGAAAUAUGAUGGACCUGAAGUAGAUGUUUGGAGUUUAGGUGUUAUUCUUUACACUCUUGUUAGUGGAUCUCUUCCUUUUGAUGGACAGAACUUAAAGGAACUGAGAGAAAGAGUACUAAGGGGAAAAUACAGGAUCCCUUUCUACAUGUCAACAGACUGUGAAAACCUCCUCAAACGUUUUCUGGUGCUAAACCCAACUAAAAGAGGCACUCUAGAGCAAAUCAUGAAGGACCGGUGGAUCAAUGCGGGGCAUGAAGAUGAUGAGCUAAAACCUUUUGUUGAACCAGAGCUAGACAUCUCAGACCAGAAGAGAAUAGAUAUUAUGGUUGGAAUGGGAUACUCUCAAGAAGAAAUUCAAGAAUCCCUUAGUAAAAUGAAGUAUGAUGAAAUUACAGCUACAUACUUAUUGUUAGGGAGAAAAUCAUCAGAGUUGGAUGCUAGUGAUUCAAGCUCCAGCAGCAAUCUUUCCCUUGCUAAAGUUAGGCCAAGUAGUGAUCUCAACAACAGCACUGGACAAUCGCCUCAUCACAAAGUGCAGAGAAGCAUAUCUUCCAGCCAAAAACAGCGACGGUACAGUGAUCAUGCUGGACCAUCUAUCCCUCCAGUAGUGGCGUAUCCAAAAAGAAGCCAGACUAGCACUACAGACAGUGACCUGAAAGAAGAUGGAAUUCAGACACGGAAAUCUAGCAGUAGUGCUGCUGGGGGAAGAGGAAUUGCUCCAGCUAGCCCUAUGCUUGGAAAUGCUAACAAUCCAAAUAAGGCUGAUAUUCCUGAACGUAAGAAAAGUUCUGCUGUCCCCAGUAAUAAUACUGCACCUGGGGCAAUGACACGCCGCAAUACAUACGUUUGUAGCGAGAGAACCACUGCAGAUAGACAUUCAGUAAUCCAAAAUGGCAAGGAGAACAGCACUGUUUCUGAUCAAAGAACUCCUGUUGCUUCAACUCAUAGCAUUAGCAGUGCAACUACACCUGAUCGCAUUCGUUUCCCAAGAGGAACUGCCAGUCGUAGCACUUUCCAUGGUCAACUCAGAGAGCGACGUACUGCUACAUACAAUGGACCACCUGCCUCACCCAGUCUAUCCCAUGAAGCAACACCACUUUCACAGACUCGGAGCAGGGGCUCCACUAAUCUUUUUAGUAAAUUAACUUCAAAACUAACAAGAAGAAACAUGUCAUUCAGGUUUAUCAAAAGGCUCCCGACUGAAUAUGAGAGGAACGGGAGAUAUGAGGGCUCAAGUCGCAAUGUAGCUGUGGAUCAGAAGGAUGAAAACAAGGAAGCCAAGCCCCGCUCACUGAGAUUUACUUGGAGCAUGAAAACUACCAGUUCCAUGGAUCCUAACGAUAUGAUGAGGGAAAUUCGUAAAGUCCUGGAUGCCAAUAAUUGUGACUAUGAACAAAGAGAGCGUUUCUUGCUUUUCUGUGUCCAUGGCGAGGGACAUGCGGAAAAUCUUGUACAGUGGGAGAUGGAGGUGUGUAAACUGCCAAGACUGUCACUGAAUGGAGUCCGCUUUAAGCGGAUAUCGGGAACAUCCAUAGCUUUUAAAAACAUUGCUUCCAAAAUUGCCAAUGAAUUAAAGCUGUAAGAAAAAGUAAUUAAGUUGUAAAUUAAGUAGCAAUUUCAAGUGUUUUUGAGAACACCGAUGGAAAUGUAUAGAAUAAUAUUUAGGCAAUAAUUUCUGCAUCUUUUGAAUCAUGAUAUUAAAAAAAAAAUUGAAACAAGCUGCUGAGCUGGGAGGGAGAGUUGGACUUUUUUUUAUAAGUGCACUACAGCAUUAAAGUUGCCUACUAUGUAAAA